AUGAGUGAGGAAAAUUUGGGCAUAGCCCAGAAAUUCUGUCGCACAUGUGUAAAACAACUGUGCCAGGAUGACGCCUUCGACAUCUUCCUUGUGCCCGGCCUGGCCAAGAAAUUGUGUGUUUGCACUUCCUUGACCGUGGAGCAACAAGAUGGAUUCCCCACAAACAUCUGUUCCACUUGCUACAAUCGCCUCAACGACUUGCAUGACUUUCAAGCACAAUGCCUCAACGCUGUACAACAAUUCAAGGAGAUGUUGCUGGCCUGCAACAGCGGACACUUUAGCGUUGUAAAUGCCGCUGCUGACCUGGAGGCGGAUGUGGCUUUCGAGGAAUCGGAACACACACACUUUGAUCCACUACUGAAUAGUAAAAUUGAAAUUGAGUACGAUCAGGAUGUGUUCAAGAUGAUAGAAGCUGUCGACAAAGAGUCGGUGGAAGACGAGGAAGAAAGACAAAAAGCAAACGACAGCUUCGAAGACGAGGAUAGUGGGGGCAUUGAAUUCGAAGCUGAUAGCAGCGACUCUGACUACACUUUGCCGCUUUCGAGUCUUAAAGGCAAGGGCAAAGACAUCAAGGAAACCAAGAAAGCUGGAAGCGAUAGUGUUGAGAUCGAAUCAAAGCCUAAGACGCAACGUUUGCUUGAGUGCCACAUUUGCAUGCAGAAGUUCAAGAAAACGUGCAUAUAUCAGGAGCACAUGAAACUGCACGAUGAUCAGCUGCCACAUCAGUGUCCUGUGGAGUCGUGCAAGAUUGGUUUUACAACGCCCAAUGGACUGCGCCAUCACAUCGAACACAUGCACACGGAACUCUGUCAAAUGCUUUCCUGCACGGUGGAAGGUUGCAACAAGCAAUUUCCUCUCAAACGCUCGUUGACGAGACACUUGAGAAUUAUGCAUAACAUGGCCAAGCCCGAGACGCAUCCGUGCUCGGAGUGUGAAAAGGUAUUCCGCUGUCCCAUGGCCCUCAAGAAGCACAUGUACAAACACACGGGCGAGGAGCUGCCCUUUUGUUGUGAUAUAUGUAAGCGACGCUUUGCCACCAGCACCGAACUACGACAUCAUUUGCUUCGCCAUGCGGGGAUCAAGAACUUCAUAUGCACCUAUUGUGGGGUGCGCAAAACCACUAAACAGGAGCUGGACAAUCACAUUCUGACGCACACGAGGGAGAAGAACUUGAAGUGCGAUAAGUGUGAUUAUCUGACGCACUGCAAGCAAUCGCUUUGGAAGCACACACGCGUGGUGCACAUGAAGAUCAAGAAGCACGCCUGCAGCUACUGCGAGAAGACCUUUGGCAAUGCGUAUGCUCGACGUACCCAUGAGAGAUUGCACACGGGAGAGAGUUGCUUCGAGUGCACGAUUUGCAGUCGGAUGUUUCUCUUUGAAAAAACGUUGACAACGCAUUUGAAGACGCAUGAGAAGCGGGAGAAACUGGAGGUGGAGAAAAAAGAGAGGAAGAAGAAAGUGAAGAAAGAGCCGGAGACGGUGAAGAAAUUGGGUGCACGAGUAGAGCGUGUGGACAUAGCACGUUUGGCUGGCACUGUUGUUAAUCCGAUUCCCACGGUGUCGGUGCCACCGCCAAAUUGGGAGGAUGUGGCACAUGUAGAUGGACAGGUCAUUUGUCCGGAAUGUGGCAAAAGCUUUAAUCGGAAGGAGGGCAUGAAGCUUCACUACAAGGUGGUACACCAGAAAGUCAAGGAUUAUAUUUGCCGCUUUUGUAGCAAACGCUUUGGUAGACUACAAUAUCUCAAGGCUCAUGAGAAUAUUCACACCGGAGCAACACCUUUUAAGUGCAAUAUAUGCGACAUGGCCUUUAAGGGAGACUCUGCCCUGUUUGUGCACAAAAAGAGAAAGCAUUGUCCUAAGAUAGCCAAGCCAGCCAAAGUGCCAAAGACGCCCAGGGCUCCCAAACCGAAGCCCCCAAAAUCAGCAAUAGAAUCUCAGCCUACAGAGCGAUGUAAGCGAUCUAAAACUAAACUAAAUAUGCAUCCGAAAAAUCAGAAUCAUGAACAAUUCGAGGAUCCAGCUGCCGAACGAGCGGCAGCCCAGGCUCAGUUGUUUGCCCAUCAGGAGAACAAGAAUGAGAUCAAGUUGAAGGCGGCUGAAGAGACUCAAAAGAUUCAAACGGCGGCACAGGAACAAUUGGAGAUAUUGAAGCGUCUAAGCGAAAAGAUGGCCCUUGAUAGUUUGCCCAGUGUAAAGAAUUGA